ACUUAACAACAACUACAAAAAAUGAUCGAUACUCCCUCCCGCACCGAUGGCAAGACCGACCAGUUCAAGGGCAACGUCAAGGAAACCGUUGGUUCCGCAGUUGGUAAUGACAGCCUCAAGCGCGAAGGCAACACCCAGAACAGCACUGGCCACGUCGAGGAGACCACUGCCAAGACUACCGGCUAUGUCCAGGGUUUGACUGACCAGGUUUCUGGUGCCGUCAAGGGUGCCUACAACUCUUUGACUGGAAACACUACCGAUGAGGCCGGCAACAAGGUCGAGCAGAAGAAGGGUGAAGCCCAGAAGAACUUUAACUCUUAAAGAGUGAUACUUCGUUCUUUAUACGUUUUCUUUUUACCCAUAUUUUCUUCCCUCCCUUUCUAUAUUUCUAUAUUUCUAUAUUUUUUUUGUGUAUAUGAAAUCCGCUUUCCCCUCAAUUGUCCCAUAUUAUAUUGUCCAAAUGUCCUGCGUGAAUAAAUAAAUAAAAAAAAAUACAAUUCCUUUGAAUC